AUGGAGUACGACACCGACACCCCCCAGAUCCCUAACCACACGUUAUCGGAGCAUCAAUUCCUUCUAGGAACCAACAUCAGCAAAAAUGAAAGGGCCAGACUCUUCAAGGAAAUGACCGCCAUCAUUGAGGCCGAUUCUAUGGCCCCAUACUACAAAUACUUGCAUGAAGAAGUGGAUGAUUUCCCAUUCGACGAGGCAUUAUACACCAAGUUUGCGCAGAAGAAUGAGGAAAACGCCACCUUGCUCAAGCUGCGUAUCAAGGAAGCCGAAGGUGAAGACGAAACCGAAUGGGAUAUCUUGUCGGCCACCCUUAGACUUGCAGAACACUACACCACAAUCGUGGACCACAAAAACGCUGUGGAAACCUACAAAAAGGCCCUCGAGUUGCCUCAAAGCACUGGAAGCAAAAUUGACAUCUUGUUGACCUUGACCAGAAUCGAAUUCUUCUUCAACGAUUACCAGUUGGUCUCCAAGUACUUGGAACAAACGAAGGCGUUGAUCGAGAAGGGUGGUGAUUGGGAGCGUCGUAACAGAUACAAGACUUACCAUGGUAUCUACUUGAUGGCCACCCGUAAUUUUGCCGAGGCCUCCAAGCUUUUGACCGAUUCGUUGGCAACCUUCACCUCCACCGAGCUUUGUUCGUACGAACAGGUGGCCUAUUAUGCUAUCGUUUGCGGUGUAUUAACGCUUGGAAGAGUUGAUUUGAGAUUGAAGAUCAUUGAGUCUCCUGAGAUUUUGUCAAUCUACUCCUCGGCCCCCUCGUUGGAGCCAUUGUUGAAUCUCACCAACUCAUUGUACACUUGUGAGUACAACUGCUUCUUCCAGUAUUUGUUGGAAUCAUAUGACGCGCUCUUGCUCCCAAAUAAGUACUUACACCAGCAUGCCAACUACUUCUUGAGAGAAAUGCGUUGCAAGGCCUACGGUCAGUUAUUGGAGAGUUACAAGUCGUUGAGCUUGAAAUCUAUGGCUCACAACUUUAACAUUAGCGAGGAGUUCUUGGACCAAGACUUGUGCAAAUUCAUUCCCAACAAGAAGUUGAAUUGUACCAUCGACAAGGUGAACGGAAUCAUAGAAACGAAUAGACCAGACAACAAGAACAGCCAGUACCACCUUUUGAUCAAGCAAGGUGACAACUUAUUAACCAAGUUGCAAAAGUAUGGUGCUGCUGUGAAGUUGAGUGGUGCUGAGAGAGUUGCUUAG